AUGGAUUCCGAUCGACUCUACAAUAUCACACGCGCUGGCGUCCAGAUCCUCAAGUUGCUUCAUAAAACUGAGUUCACUCGUGUCUUUCAAGUAACUGUACGGGGGCUUACUUGCAUCAUGAAAGUGGUAUUAUACAGCUCGUCUGAGACCCCUGUUCUGCACUUAUACAUUUACUACUCAAGAAUGUUAUGUAUCCAAUAUCAUUACUUUUGCAGUUGCAAGGGAUUGAACGAUACACAUGGGACGCGAAUGAAGUUCCAUGGGCUAUGCAAAGCAGGAGUAAUUCCGGACUUUUAUGGUCAGAUAGACAAGCUGGAUCCGAAAGUAUGGGCGCCGCAUCUUGACACAUUCGCGGAAGAUGAGCUGUUGCCGCAUGCUAUUUUCAUUGAGUGCAUUCCUGGCCUGAAGAUGAUUGAUCUUUCUACUUUCUCGGAAUUUCGACUGGCUCAGCUACGGCCGAUACUUAAAGAUAUUCACCGUUGCAGAGUUUUGCAUGGAGACAUAUAUCCAAGGAACAUGAUGGUUCAAGAGGGAUCAAAUUUCGCUUUACCAAAUCAGAGAAAGGGCCACGAACUCGGUAAGAUCAAAGAGAGUUGGAACUACUAUUAUGAAUAUAACUGA